UGUUUGUUGUCCCCAUGACGCAAUCAGGACAGGGGAAAUUCUUACUAAUGUUUGAGGACAGCAAAUUCACCCCCCACCCCCACCCCCACCCCCAGUGCAGGUAUAUAAGAGGGUUCCUGAGGUCCCCAGCAUUUGAGGAAGAGGGAGGCUGGCAGGCAUUCCGUUUGGAGAAAGCUACAGGAUGAGGCCUCCAGCUCCACCUCUUCUGAUCGCCUGCCUUGUGAUGUCGCUGAACAGCUACACCCAGCAGGUUCCUCCCUGCCUGCCCGAAUAUCCAGGUCCAGAAAGCAACACUACUUUUGAGUGCAACUCUUUGCUCCGCGAAUUUCCCUCCGGCUUCCCCAGUGAAACCGAGACCAUCAUCAUUCGGUCGAGCCAGAUCUCCAACCUGGGUGCGGAGGCCCUGCAGGGUCUCCCAGAGCUCCAGGGGCUUUCUCUGAUCCGCAGCCCGUUGAAGACCCUUCCAAGCGGCCUCUUCCGUAACCUCCCAGCACUGCAGUCCUUGGACCUCUACGGAAAUCUCCUGGAAGAUCUACCUGCGGAUCUCUUCGCGCCCAUCAGUAGACUGGCCGACUUAUCCCUCGAUGCAAACCAGCUGACUGAGCUGCGCCCAUCCUGGUUCGAAACCCUGAAGGAACUCAGGAUCCUGCGCCUCAAUGGCAAUCAGCUGAAGGAGAUCCCGCCCAAUUGCUUCCAUAAACUGACCCUGUUGUUGUCCCUGGACCUUUCCUCCAACCUCCUCCGUUGCCUUUCUCCGGAGAUGUUCCAAGGCCUCACGUUUCUAACGGAUUUAAUUCUGAAAGACAACCUGGUUGUGUCUAUCGCCCCCGACACCUUCCGUGGGACUCCCACGCUGUGGGUCCUCUCCCUGAGAAACAACAGCCUGACCCACGUUCCACCUGGGCUCUUUCAGUCCUUGGAGAACCUGGUGCAGCUGGAUCUCUCCGCCAACGAGAUCACCUCCCUGGAGAUUCCCUUGGUCAACGUGUCUUCCGAGUUCACUCUCGAGCUCUCCGACAACCCAUGGGCAUGUGACUGCCGCCUGCAGGCUCUCUUCAACUGGGCCCGGGAAAGCAACGUGGAUUGGUUCUCCAAGGAAGACGUGGUCUGCGCUUUCCCCAAAAGUUUGAAGGGGAAAACGGCAAUUUCGCUGGAGAGAUCUCAACUUUGUCCCUGCUAAACAUUCCAGAUGGAUCUUUCUCCAACCUGCUCAGCGGACGUGCUUGAAGGGGAUUGGACUUCAGCUACCAGAAUGCCCCAAUUCCCAGAAUUCCUAGGCCGGCAUGUUUUCAGAUAAUUGAACUUCCCAGAAUCCCCCCUGUCAUCAUGUGGACUUCCAGAAGUCCCAAGCCAGCGUGUUUUAAGAUAAUUGGACUUAGUUCCCAGAAUCCCCCUAGCCACCAUGUAUGGACUUCAACUCCCAGAAGUCCCAGGCCAGCACGCUUUAAGAUGGGGGGGUGGGGGCUUCAACUCCCAGAAUUCCCAACGAUCGUGCUGUAAGAUACAGUACGUUUAAAAGAAUGAAAGAGGGAAAAGGCUGUAGAUAGCCAGACAGAUACAAAUAAUCAAAGUUGGAAGGGACCUUGUAGGUUAUCUAGUCCAACCCCCUGCCCAAGCAGAACCUACACCAUUUCUGACCGAUGGCA